AUGACGCAGCAGCCGAAUGGCCGGUCCAAUGGGCCCGGCCGGGAUGACGACAAGAAACUGUUCGUCGGCGGCCUAGGUAGGACCAUCAGCGAGAAAGAAUUGCGCGAGUACUUCACGCAGUAUGGCGAGAUCGAAAACAUCAACAUCAAGACCGACCCGUUUUCCGGACAGUCCAGAGGGUUUGCGUUUGUGCAGUUCGUCAACGCCAAGACCGUGGACGAUUUGUUGGCCGCUGGUGAUCACUUUAUUGCGAAUAAAAAAGUCGAUCCAAAGAGGGUAACAAAGAAAGUUAAUCCACUGCGUUGUAAAAUUUUUGUUGGAGGCUUAACUACUGAAAUGACCGAACAAGAUGUAAGGAAUUAUUUUGUUCAAUUUGGUCAAAUAUCCGAGUAUCAACAACCUUUUGAUAAAAUGAAAAACCAAAAGAAAGGUUUUUGUUUCAUAACGUUUGAGGAUUCCGAAGUCGUAAAUCAAGUUUUGAAAAAUCCUAAACAAGUUAUUAAUGGUAAAGAAGUAGAUGUAAAAAAAGUCAAGUUCAAUCCGGAAACAAUGACCGCUCCUGGAACCAGGACUGGUGGUCCAGUAGGGGCUACUAGAGGAGGAGCACCUGCUACUUUUGGCUUGAGACCAGCAUAUUCCGGUUAUAUGGCACCAGCAGCUGCUUCACCCUAUGGUACUGCUGCAGAUUAUGGUUAUGCAGCUAAUGCUUAUGAUGCAUAUGGGGCAUAUGGUGGAUAUGACUACUCUGCAAUUGGCUAUGGAGGAGGAGGCGGUGGUGGCGGGGGCAGUGGAGGUGGUGGUGGUUAUCCACCACAAGCCUAUGGAGGUGGCAAAUAUCGAGAAACAACAUUUCCUCGACAUGCGCCUUACUGA